AUGCCGAAAAACUUCGCAAACUUACUCGCGCAACAGCACUUGACGAUACAGCUGAUUGCGCGCAUCCUCACGAAUUAUAGAAAACUGGGCAAGGAUAAAUUCACAACUGUGAAGACUCGCUCUAGACUAUCGGAUCUUGAUAAAUUGUGGAGUGAGUGUCGUUCCUUGCACACUCAACUUCAACAGGCGGCUUCCGAGAAGGACCUGCGGCAGCACGAAUAUUUCGUCAACGAGGCUUUCUUCGAGGCAGCGACGGAGUACGAAUCGUCAAAGGAUGCGCUGAUGGAGCUACUUCCUCAACAAUCUUCGGAUAUCGCUUCCGUCAAACAGAUCAACCCGGACGGUUCCUCGGCAAGUAUCGACCCGCACGAUAGUUGUAACUUCGCAUUACCAAAGAUUAAAAUACCUCCAUUCAACGGCGAUUUGAUUAAAUGGGAAGGCUUCCGCGAUUCUUUUGAAGCGUUAAUUGACAUGCAGAAGUUAAGUGCGCGAACAAAACGCGAGUGGAAUCUUCGAUUGGGAAUCUCAAAGGAUUAUCCCACUUACGCGAAAUUAAUCAAGUUCGUUACUGAAAGAAUUCAAGGCUUGACUUUGCAAGAAGACAAUAUAGAAUAUUCUUCUUCCCGCGUUGCAAGCGAAAAGCCAGCGAAGAAUAAAUUUCAUGUCUCGGUUCACAACGUGACUCUUCGAAAAUGUGCCUGCUGUUCAAAUAAUCAUUUUACGGUGUAUUGUCCGAAGUUUAGGAAAAAAUCGAUCGAUGACCGAUACAGUGUCGCGCGUCAAUCGCGUCUAUGCUUUAACUGUUUAAAACUCGGGCAUUUUCCGGCCAAGUGUAAGAGUGAGAAGCGAUGUUCAAAGUGUCAACAAUUGCACAAUACAUUAUUGCAUCGCGACUCCUUCUCACUUUCUUCGAAUGCAGCUGCAGCAACUACUGCAACUACUGCGUUAGUAGUACCUGCAUCAUCCAUAUCGGCUAAGGACUCAGAGCCGUCGGAUACGGCUGAGGUGCAUUGCAUUUCUUCGCUCAAAUGUACCAUACCGCACGAAAAGAGAAUAUUGCUAACUGAGUCUCCAUCGGCCGUAUUUCUCGCGACCGCGAUAGUUAGACUGCGUACUUUGGAAGGAGGAGAGAUCACGGUGCGGGCCCUCCUGGAUCAAGGUUCCUCAUGCAGUUUCAUUACUGAAUCUUUGGCCCAAAGAUUACGCGCUCCGCGUCAGCAGGCAAAUUUACACGUCUCCGGCUUUGGUGAACGCUACAACGGCGUUGCAAAAUCAUAUAUCAUUCUCACGCUCCUUCCGGCCCACGCCCAUAAUCCUAAACUCCCACUCCGAGCAUAUAUCUAUCAAAAAAUUACCGCUUAUACCGCUACGAAAUAUCGAGCAUUUGGAACGUGGCCACAUUUGCGAAAUUUGACGCUCGCUGAUCCGGAUCCCACGAGUCAUGGAUCCAUUGAUCUGCUCAUCGGGGCUGACCUUUACGGAACCUUAUUGCUUGGCGAGGUGCGCCGAGGUUUGGUCGGAUCUCCGACUGCCCAGUCUACCGUCUUGGGGUGGAUCGUCUCCGGCCCUGGAGAUGCCUGCGGUUCGGAUCGUGCAACACCUACCCCCGUACUGAAUUGCGUCGCUACAUCUGACGUCGACUCCUUAUUAAAAAGGUUUUGGGAGCUUGAAGAAGUACCAGCAGAGCGCUCCUUCUCUCCAGAGGAUGAUCAAUGUGAACGUCAUUUUGUCGAAACUCACUCUCGGACGGCCUCAGGAAGAUAUAUCGUUAGAUUGCCAUUCCGCGUUCAACCUCCUAUCCCGAUCGGGGAAUCUCGCGACAAGGCGUUAAAGAUCUAUCGUCGCAAUGAAAACCGACUGGCCAUGAUUCCGCUAGUUGCUGCGGAAUAUAAUCAAUUUCUCUCGGACUACGAAACCAUGGGACAUAUGGAACGCGUUGACGAUAAGGAAGCUCCUCGCUCGGCCUCUUAUCUUCCCCAUCAUCCGGUUUUCCGUGAAGAUAGUCUUACGUCUCAUUUACGCGUCGUUUUUAACGCGUCUAGUAUAUCGUCAAACGGUACGAGUUUAAAUGACCAUCUACUUACUGGUCCAAAAUUACAACAAGAUAUUGCUGCUAUUAUUCUAAAUUGGCAAAAGCAUCAAUUCGUCUAUAUGGCGGACAUCGCAAAAAUGUUUCGCCAGAUCCUAAUUCACCGUGAUGAAGCGGAUUAUCAACGCAUCUUUUGGCGACCGCCGACUUCGCCGCAUAUUCUUCCUUUCAGAUUACUGACUGUGACUUACGGAACCGCGCCUGCUCCCUUCCUAGCAAUGCGAGUGCUUCAACAGCUCACUGAGGACGACGGCGAAGCCUUUCCCGAGGCUGUCCAAGUUUUGCGAAAUUCCAUUUAUGUGGACGAUGUACUAUUUGGAGCCGACAACCUUGAAGAAGCACGAAAAAUUCGAAGCCAACUGAUCGCGUUACUGGAACGUGGUGGAUUUCAUCUAAGAAAGUGGGCACCUAACAAUAGCUCUCUACUUGAGGAUAUCCCAGCUGGCGAUCACGAGCUAGCUCGUGGUUUCCCUUUUGCCGACAACGAGUCGCUCAAAGUAUUAGGUCUCUCGUGGUUUCCUAAUGAGGAUUGCUUUCGAUUUCAGAUCUCGAAACUAGAAAAUACGGAUCCUACGAAACGUGCAGUUCUAUCAUUCAUUGCACGCCUCUUUGACCCUCUCGGUUGGGCCUCGCCGGUAAUUAUUACCGCCAAAAUUUUAAUUCAGGAUCUAUGGUUGCGAAAAAUAGAUUGGGACGCGUCGCUUCCGGAAGAUUUAUUACUGAAAUGGCGAGCUUAUUAUGCAACAUUUCCGCAACUGGUAAGUUGUCAAAUUCCACGUUGGAUGGGAACACAUCGAGACUGCAUUGCUUUGGAACUGCACGGUUUCUCAGACGCGUCCGAACGAGCAUAUUCCGCGGUCGUCUAUUUGCGUUCGAUGCAUGAAAUGAACGAUAUACGCGUCUCAUUACUAGCGGCUAAGUCUAAGGUUGCACCUCUAAAGACUAUUAGCCUCCCGCGACUUGAACUCAAUGGCGCUCUUCUAUUAGUUCGUUUGCUGGAUUUUAUUCGAACCUCUCUAACACUAAAGAACAUCCCCAUACACGGAUGGGUUGACUCGACGGUAACCUUAGCUUGGAUUUCGCAGCACCCCACCAAGUGGAAAACUUAUGUCGCUAAUCGCGUCUCCGAGAUUCAAACAAAAGUACCAGAAUUAAAGUGGCAUCAUGUUCCGUCGCGAGAAAAUCCCGCAGAUUGUGCUUCACGUGGUAUUGCGGUGUCCGAGUACAUCUCGCAUCCAUUGUGGUGGCGAGGCCCUUCAUGGUUAUCAAAACCAUCCGUCUUCUGGCCGUCCUCGAAUUCUACCAAAAGCCUCGAUACAGUGGUUUAG